ACAGAAAUUAUCAGCCUUCAAAAGAAAGUGUUACGAUGCAUCGGGCUCGCAAAGUAUUAUCUCGUCUUGGCGUUUCGAGGUCCAACGAAAUUGAAACAUUACCGCCGCCUCCGCCUCCUAGUGCUCUAGAUUUCGCCAAACGACAAGCACUAGGAGCUCCAACGGAAGAUCACUUAGCGGAGCUUCAGAGCUGGUACACGAAUUGCCAAAGAGAUGAAACCUAUUAUGACUGGACGCUUGAACACGAAGUUUUGAACGAAGAACAGCUUGCGAAAGAGAUCACAGACUUGGUACCUAGUACUGAGAAGGACUUGAAAAAUGGCUAUUGCGGUCCAUGCAAUGACUUCCCAAGCAAAUGGUCACAAAUCGUUCACCUACAUCAUCAGGGCUCAAAAAAUAACGUCAUAGCGCAUAUGAUUGGCCUACGAGAGCUAGAGGCAGCAUGUCGGGCUGGAUGUCGACUUUGUCGCCUCUUUAUGCAGCACAUAUGCCCGUCCAAGCUAGACCAGUCUCGCAAGGUUGAGAAAAGGCUCGGCCUCCUAGGGAAAUCCACAGCCUUAUUUCUAACCCAUCCACCCAACAAGAUUGGCACACUCUAUUUAUGUCAUUCGACAGGGCCAUCGCAUCAAUUACUAGAAGGGCUCAUUGUCUUUCCUUUUGAUGGAUCAAAUAAAUUUUCUCCGUCAUUACAACUAUCAGAUUGGUCUCCUGUUUCUUCGAUCGUCAGGGCAAGACAGUGGUUGGCCGCAUGUAGCCAAGAGCACCCCCGACGCCAAGCGCAAAAAACUGGCCAGCUGCCAGCUCGAUUACUGUAUAUCCGUAAACCCCCUGCUGCAAUUGACCAGCCUAUUGUACAGCUAGUUGAGACCAAAGACCUCGAGAUUAGUGCACCAUAUGCCGCCUUAAGCCACUGCUGGGGCCGACUUGACUUUGUCAAACUCACUUCCGAAACACUGGACUCGUUCAAAACUGGCAUACCAUUCGACAUCCUCACCAAGACUUUUCAAGAAGCUAUACAGGUCACCUUGAAUCUCGGGCUUCAAUAUCUAUGGAUAGACUCCCUUUGCAUUAUCCAGGAUUCUGUACAUGACUGGGAACGUGAGGCCUCACUCAUGAGUUCAGUAUAUGGCCACUCCCAUGUUACGAUAGCCGCGUCUUCUGCAAAAGACGGCAGUGAAGGUCUAUUCCUAAGACCACCAGACUUUAUCGGAGGAGCGUUGAUGGGCUCUUCUACUGAAGACGUGCCUACAUACGCUGUGGCAUACGAGAAACUCUACGCUCAAGGGAUAACGUCAACACAUCUUUCGUCUCGUGCCUGGACAUUACAAGAACGGCUUCUAUCUCACCGGACUCUUUACUUUGGCGAAGGGGAUGUCUUCUGGGAAUGUUGGACUAAAUACUCUUGCGAAUUUUUCCCUGAUGGGAUGCAAGAACCGCUGCUGGGUGCUUAUGACCCUGGUGUGCGACCGAACGCAAUGCGAGAUAGCUGGAGAGAGAUCAUAGUCCCAUACAGCUCGUGUAAAAUGACUAAGGGCAGUGAUAAACUUGUAGCUCUGGCAGGAGUAGCGCGUGAAGCGCAGCGCGAGUGUGGAGACACAUACGUUGCUGGUUUAUGGCGUACCGGAAUGGAGGAAAUGCUGUGUUGGCGACGAUUAUCUUCUGAACGACCUCAAAAUGAAGAGUACAGAGCACCUUCUUGGUCUUGGGCUUCUGUUGAUGGAGGUGUCGAGUACUACCCUCGUGCUCCGGAUCAAGAAUUACAGUUAUUGUCGAAGGUGCAUCAUGUCUCAGUAACACCUCUAGGUCCCGAUCCAUUCGGCCAGCUCAAAGAUGGAAUUCUGACUAUCUCUUGUCCUGGCGCGCUGUCUGGGGUCUGGUACAGGCAUUCUUUCAAAGGAAAUGUCCAAAUCCAACUUCCACAGAAAGAGCUCUUCAUGAAAGUGGACAGUGAUGUUAAUUUUACAGUUUAUGGCGUCCUUCGAGUCAUAUUACUUCCUAUGGUGAAGCUUGUCACGAGGAAAGAGGAUCGCAAAUUUCAGGCUCGAGAUUAUUACCAAGGCCUGGUUCUCCAGCCUACUUUGAAAAAGAAAGGAGAGUACAGACGGAUAGGAUCUUUCUCCAAUCUUGAUCUUAUAUCUUUCGCGCCAGAUGGCAGCCAAUUCAAAGAACGUCACGCACUGGAAGAACAUGGCCCGAAAAUGGCUGGAGAGCGUUGCGCUGAGAUAAGGAUUAAUCCGGAGACCGGCGAAGAAGAAUAUCUGUUCAAUAUCGUUUGAAAUCACCAGAGCUAUCAAUAAAAGCACAGAUACUCUCUCCAUAGAAUAUGCUGACUUCUCAAGCCUCAGGUGGAGAUCACAAUGCAUGAGGUUUUCUGUGUCGAUGCGUAUUUUCAAUGCCAGCAAUCCUUCACUUCGCUACUCAACAUUGAUGUUCUUCGUCCAACGAUUCAAAUCC